AUUAUUAUUUUAAUAAUAUUAAUUAAAUCAUCGUACGGUCCAUGGUGAUGGGGCCCUACGCAAUGGACAGUGUUGGGAGAAACAUUUUUUUGAGUGCUAUUUUUUUGGUGUCAGUGCAUUGUGUUUCAUCUUUUGAAAAUCCGCUAAAGGACCCAGGAGUUUGUGGUCGGCCACAAUGCACAGGGAAUGAGAAGUUUAAAUACGGGCCGGGAGUUCGGCAGGACUACAUGUACAGCGUGGAGGUGCGAUCUCUGUUCAACGGGACUAGCAGGAACGAAUCGAACUUGUACGUGGAGGGGAUUGUGAAUUUGGCUUUCAUAACACCUUGUGACGGAAUUUUGACCCUGUCUGAUGUUAAAUUAAGCGAAUACAUCCCGAGAGAUGGCCAUGAAAGUUCGGAGCAUGCUAACAGCGAGCAUUUCUCGAAAGAGAUUACCGAAAAUACGUUGCGAUUCUCCUUUAAUGACGGUAUUAUUUCUGAGCUAUGCCCGUCGGACGACGAGAAGGGUUGGGUUUUAAAUUUCAAAAGAGGCAUUUUAUCCAUGCUGCAAAACAGCAUGGCCAGAUUUGAUGUUGAUCACGAUGGCGAUGAAGAGGACGUGCGAGGCAAAUGUUUCACUAAGUAUGCCGUUAUUGGGGCAAAAGAAACUAGCUUACUCAUAGAAAAAACGAAAGAUUUAAACUCCUGUCAGACAAGUGGUAAAUUACAUUCAGCCGUACAAUCUGUUCCCUAUAGCUCUCAGCCGAGACUGGAUGAAAAUAACAUUUUGAAGUCUUGGGGCAGAUGUGAGAUGUCGAUUGAUCAAAACAUCUACAAUAGUAUCGUGUGUGAGGAGAGGCACGUUCUUCGUCCUCUGUCGAACAAAGAGGCCGGGGCUACGAGCGUAAUUACCCAAAAUUUAACGUUAAUCAAUGUAACACCUGCACCCGAAGAGACCGAACAGCCGGAAAUAACGAAGCGGACAAAUCUUCAUUUCGACCAUUCGCUAACGGAAAAAGUGACAAACGCGAAGCUAAAGGAGUCCAGGGACUUAAUAAAGAAAUUGUGUCAACAAGAUCACGACGAUAUUCAAUUUCAAAUGUCGGAUCUUUUUAGCAAAUUUAUACGCACUUCCAGAGUGUUAUCCUUUCCAGCUAUCAAGUCGCUUCAUGGACAUGCCGCCAGGAUUUGCAGCACUGGUUUAAAAAUCUUUAUCGACGGCCUUCCUUACAUCGGAACACCGGCCUCUGUGCGCCUAAUGAAGGAAAUCAUGCUGAAAGAAAGCCUCACGAUCCCCGAAAGCACAAAAAAAGAGUGGAUAUCAUCCAUUGCUUUUACCACGAAACCUGACAAAAACAUGAUGGAAAUAACCGCUGGAUUAUUGCUAGGCGAAAAAUCAUUUAGCCAUGAUUUAGCGUUAAGUAUUUCCACGCUUACCCACACAUACUGCAAACUGCUCGACGAUUGUGCUGAUGAUGAUAGCGUUCAAGCUAUUGUGCAAUAUUUGGAAGACAAAAUUCGACAAUUCUAUUACGAUCCUGAGAAUAACGAUAGAGAAAUACAGGAAAGUUUGAUAAUCGCCUUGAAAUCCUUAUCAAACAUCGGCAUAGUGACCACAAACUUUGAAGAAGAGUUAUACCAUAUAAUAGAAAAUAAAAAUAUCCACAUGGAAGUGAGACUUGAGGCUGUAUACGCAUUUAGAAGAAUGCCCUGUGAGAAUAACAGGGAUUACUUUGAGGAUAUCUAUAUGGAUCAGGAUCGAGAUGUGGAAAUAAGAAUAAGUUCCUACCUACAGCUGAUGAAGUGCCCGAAUUAUUUAAACAUUAGGAAUGUUAAAAAUACCAUGUUAAAUGAAGAGGUGAACCAGGUUGGUUCUUUCGUUUGGACGCAUUUAAACAACCUAUUGAAGUCCGCCAUACCAUCCAGAGUUGAAGUGCAGAGUAUAUUGACUGAAAAGGACUUGAUAAGGAAGUUUGACACUGAUGUCAGGAAAUUUUCGUAUAAUAGAGAGGGGUCAUUGUAUUUCGAUCAGUUUAGAGCAGGUGGAAGCUACGAGAACAAUGUAAUUUUUUCUCCGGAUUCGUACGUGCCAAGAUCGGGGAUGCUUAAUCUGACAGUAAAUGUGUUCGGGGAGUCAAUUAACUUUUUAGAGAUUAACGCAAGAGCGGAGGGCUUCGAGCAAUAUUUGGAAUCGUUAUUCGGGCCGAAAGGUUCAUCGUAUAAUAUAACCGAUAAAUUGCCAUUUCGUAAAAUGAGAUGGACUAGAGGCAUAGACGAUGAUAAGGCGUUAAUUGGGGAUGUGGAGGGCAUUCCUAAUAUAAAGAAAGAUUUUAAUGAAAAUCCAAAAGUGUCCCUCGGAUUUAAAAUAUUCGGCAAUGAGUUAAAGUAUAAUACCUUAAGCGGCAUGAAGGAAAUUAAGGACGCCCUAGGAAAACUUAAUCCUGUCCAACAUAUUAAAGAAAUCCUCUCGGGAAAGGAAAUCGUAUACAAUAAGGCCCUAAUGUUCCUGGAUAGCAGCUAUAAUGUAGCAUCGGGAGCGGGGCUACCGAUCGCGCUCAACGCUGUAGGUACAGCCUCGGUCGACAUUAAACUCCAAGGCUCCUUAACCGGCAACUAUCUUAAAAACAAAGAGCUCGAUAUCACCGUCAACAUCAAACCGAGCGUUUCUUUGGAUAUAUCUGGCGAAAUGUCGGUUAAUGCUUUCUACGCCAGCACGGGAAUUAAGCUUAAAACAAAUGUAUACACAGCCAGCUCUGUUCAAACACACGCGAAAAUACGGGGAUCACAGUUAGUCAGCAUUAAAACCACUCUACCUAGGCAAAAUACUGAACUAAUUGGAGUCAGGUCUGAGUUGAUAGUGAAGCAGAAUGAUGUGGAUGUCCCUCAGAGUGGUUUGUUUAAAAACCGUGUAUCUGAAUCAAUAUGUUAUUGGGCAGUUGUAGACAAGGCAGUGGGUCUUAAGCCUUGUGGAGACUAUCAUUUCACGAACGUGACUGAAAUCGACAAUGUACCUUAUUUCCUUUUGGCCGGCCCAGCUGGCUUCAGAUGGUAUCUGAACAAAUCUGAUCCGACCGCUAAAAUAUACUUAUUCGAGUACAAAAAGACAAUGGAGAAAUAUGUUAGCUCGUAUUCGUUAAUAUUUGACACACCUGGGUCUCAGUUGAAGCGGCUGCUUACGGCCAAUUUGACGAUAGAUUCGAAAAAACAGAACGUUACAGUGGUUAUUAGGUCAUCGGAUGGGGCUUUGUCUGCGAGGGUCAAGUUUAAGAACACCGAUGCCGAAAAAAUAGUAGAGCUCACUUUAGACGUGAAUAACCAAAAGCAUUUUAAUGCGUUGCUCGCUUUGACCAAAGACGAAAUAAAUAACGGAUUUAUCUUUAAACCGAGGGCUUACUUGGGAGUCAAUAGUGAACGGGUUAUGGAACUCCAAGGCCAAAUAAAGCAGGUGAGCAAACUUGGUACGUCGCACUACAACGUGGACUUGAAAUUCCUCACAAAACGGCUAACAUCAAAGUUAUUCGGUUACAUAACGAAAAAAGAUAACUCUCUGGCGACCGACUUAAAAUGGGACUACAAAUUUCAAAAUACCAAGGAGCACAGGGUCUCUCUAAGAUUCGGUUUCGCCAACAGGUCAAAGAAAAACAUGGUCGUCAUAAAGGGAGAAUGCAACUUAAACAGCACUGCCUAUCCUAAUUUUAACUUCAACUCCCUUUUAGCUUUAUACCAAACGGAUAAUCACGUAGAAUUAAACGUGACCUUGGAUCAGAAUCCAUUGACGGAGAGCCAUCCGGACGCGGCAAAACAAACUUUAAAAUUUAAAUUAUCAUUUUCGUACAAAUUUAUUGAUAGUAAACGAUCGUUAAGUACAGAAGUUACCGUGGUGCGGCCCUCCAGUAAUCUCAAUUUAAAAGGUUCAAUAUUUUACCAGCAAAUGGGAGAUCAUUUUAAUUGCAAGCUUUCGGUGAAUUCUAACAAUAAAGAGGUUGCCGUAAGCUUGGCUUUUUCCCAUCCGCGCACCACUCUCGAACAAAUUAAGGCCGAUCUAAACAUUACCGUGCCAUCCUACAAGCCGAUGAUAUUGAUAUUCGAAUUGGAGGAAAAGCUGCCCAGAGAUUAUGUAACCAACAUUAACGCUAGCUGGUUCAGCGGCGACUCGGUGGUCGUAAGAGGAACUUAUCAGGAUAAAAGCGAUACAGCCACCGACCACAGGUUCAAAUUCAACAUACAGGACCCCUCCAAAACCUUGUUCGACGAAUUCGACGUCCAUCUCGUCUUUUACAAGAACAUCAGCAACUGGAUGUUUGAUUUUAAGGUAAAUAAGGACAAAUAUAUUGUGUUCAUUGAAAAAGAUGAAUCACCCCACCAAGUAAACACCAAUGCAAAAAUAAAAUAUAAAAAGCAGCUUUAUACUAUGAAUGCGAUUAUUUACUCUGGAGAGUAUAGAAGAGCCGAAAUCGAACUGAAAAUAGAUCAAUUACGCGAUAUUCAUUUUUUGGUUUCCCUUUAUAAUCAAAAAACUUAUAAAGCCAUAGAGUUUGAUAUUAAAUGGGACGCAAACCGGGACCCCACGCAAAAACUAUUGUUAACCGCUAAUUUCAGCCAAAUCGCGCAAUACAAUCAGGUAUCAGAUUUUGUCAUGAGCUAUCCUGGACGCACAAUCCUCGGCAAAUACGAAUUCUUUCUCGACCGAGGGAAAAUUGACGCUUUAGCAAGUAUAUCCUGGGAUGACGACAAAUCCUUAGGAUUUGACUUGUUAAUUGUUAGUCAACAUCAAAAAGGGUUCAGCGUUAAUUUGGACCUAAAAGUGAUCACUCCUUUCGAGUCUUGGAGAAUUAUGAUGAUAAAAGCCAAGUUCGAGCAUUUGCGAAAUAUGUAUCUGUUAAAUGGCGGUGUAACAUGGGACCACAGGCAGAAAAUAGAAGUCAACUGUUUCGGCGAUCGUUACGUAACGCCUUUUAGCUCCAACUAUAACUAUACAUUCAAACUGGACAGCACACUGCGUAACAUACCGAGCGUGGCGACUAAAAUAAUACAUUAUCAGAACUCUUCAACGUUAAAUUCAAAUUUGCAUUUUAAGUAUAAUCCCGAAUUCGAAAUUGAUGUGGACAGCAAAUGGAGCAAAGUCGUAGAUAACAUCAACACAAAUUUAACCGGAACAGUGUUUCUGAAAACUCCAUUCAGAGGCUUAAAUACAGGUGUCUUAAUCAGCAAAAUUUACUUCACCGAUCAGAAGUAUGUAAGAGGAAUCGCCGAUUUAAAUUUAGAUAACAAAAAAAAAGUUCUCAUCAAUUUGGAAGGGCGCUUUAGGAAAUUUACCAACAGUAAACUAAUUGUGAAUGUAACAGCGGAUGAUGAAGAUUAUCAGGCACGCUUUAUUAUAUCCGAAGAGAAGCGACAUUUUGUUGCGCAAGCCGUUCUGCCAAACAGAACUCUCGGAACGGAAUUAUUACUGCAAAUGCACAGUUUAAGCGAUUUCGAUAUUAAAUUCACUCUUGACACGCCAAUUCAGUUCAUACGAAGUGUCUUGAUUGUUGCUAGACUACAGCCAGGAGAUGCAGACUUUCGUCUUGGCUGGAACUUUCUGGUGGUGGGAUUCUCAGGGGUUUGGCAUUAUGUUAAUGUUACAGACUUCGAAUACACAUACAAGAUUUACACUCCUUUAGAAGGUUUUGAAGAAAAUGGUGUAGUUGGUAAACUUAUCUGCCAAGAGGGUUUAGACUUAGAAGUUUCUAUUAAGUUAUAUAUCCAUAAGUUGGGACUUAAAUUGCGCGGCAAACCGAAACCGAGACCUUUGAAAGAGCUCGACAUCAAAAUCGAGGAAAUUUACGGAACAAGACUGGAAAAAAACAUAAAGGGCGAGAAGGAAACUAAAGAACCCAUUAGUUGGGCGGGCUUGGUAGAAAUUGACGUCAUCACUUACCCUACCAUUAAAGGAAAAUUGGAGAUCGACCAGCAUGGGCCUUUUUAUUCUCUACGUUCGAAAAUGUAUUUCCCCGGCGGAAAAACCGUCAUACUCCACGACGAUUUCGAAUAUCACGACAUGCUGAAAAUGAAAAACGUAUUAGAAAUACAAACCCCAUACGAGGAUUUCAAACAAAUCAACUCCAACGUCAUUAUCUACGUCGUAAGAAAUGAAACGUAUCUACUGGACGCCAAUUUCGACUAUCAAAACAAGACGAAAAUAAUAAAGACAAGUUUCUUAGCAAAAUACUUAUCUGAGACAAAGGAGGUUAACGAAUCGAGACUAAACGCUACUUUAAAAAUUGUAACACCCUUUAAUGCUUUACCUAAAUUGGAUGCUUGUGCCGAGUAUGAAAGUGAAGAGAACUUUUACAGAGCCAGAGUUUCAGGAAGUACUCUGGGUAAUUAUUUAGACUUUGAUGUCACCGAAGAAAUCGAAAACGAGCUAACCGAAAUUAUUGGAAACCUCAAAGUCAAAACAAAAUCCUACUACAUCCCUCCAGUGUAUGUAAAUGUCAAAAAACAUUUUACAGAAAUUGAUAACGGCAUAGCAGUAAGAAUUAGUUGUCCCGAACGUCUUAAAAAAGAGAUUUAUUUGAACACAUCAUGGUUAAUAAAAUCAGAAAUGAAAUUCCGAACUUUGAUAACGUUGGAGUCGCCGUUUUCCGGGUUGGAGAACAUAACCGGAGGAAUUGAUGUGCAUAUAGGGGAUUACAAGUCAAACAUAUGGGCUGCAAUAUAUUUAAAUCCUGUUACAAUUCAAAUUUCAUCAUCACUAAUUGAUAAUGAUUUGCAAAUUAAUUCUACUUUGGAUCUAAAUAGAAAGCGGAUACCGAUUAACGUGGUUUGUAAAUUUUACCCGGAUACCAAUGGUUUAAAACACUUAAACGGCACGUUACAGUUAAAAAAUAAAUUAUUUAAUAUAACUGGACACAUGCAAUUUAAAUCGAAAAUUCCCGUUAAUGUUUCUGUUCAAUUAAGGCCAGUCGACGGAACGGAUACCCUAAAAUUACAAUAUGAAAUUCAGCAAGUUUCAACUGGCUACAAAUUAGCAGGGACAGUACAGCGUUCGGAUAAAAUGACCGAAUUUGAUGCGACCACCGCUGGCAGUGAUAUAUUCAACUGGAAAUGUUCGUUUAAGGUGCGACCUCCAUCCAAAAAGGAAUACAUCAUGCAUGCAGAAGCUAUAGGGAAUGAGGACAGUAAAAACUUGGCUGUUAAUCUAACAACACCAAUUCCCAAAUUGGAAACGCCCAAAUUUGGACUGUCGCUAUUGAGCAACGGCUUGCGAAAAACUAUUAACGGCUAUUUCGAAUUGCCGGAGUCGAAGGGUGGAGUAAACAUAAAUUUAAUUUGGGUGGUAUUAGAAAACAUGAUGGUUAAGGUUAACGCACAUUUUAAGAACAGCGAGCUGGAGAAAAACUCUCAUUUAGACUUUAGCUACUUGAAUCCAAAUAAGGAAUACAAGAGCAUGCAAAUUGGCGCUGACGUCAAUAUUGACAAAUUCUGGGAGGGAGGCUCGAAUGUAACUGUUCACGUGCCGUCGAGUGCUAACGUGGAUUUACAAGCUCACAUCAAACUUCCAAGCACUCCAAAAGACGUCCAUAGCCUUUCUACUAGCAUGAGUUAUGGGAGUAAAUUUAAAAACAUUAAUUAUCAAGCGAAAUAUCGCACCUCGCAGACUAAUAAGAAAUAUGGCUCCUCAGGACAGAUAAAUAUUCGAAAUGAAGAAGAUCUAAGUGGCGAAAUUGAAGUCGAAUGGGACGGCAAAAUGUAUAAUAACUUUGCCAACUUAAAAAAACCCAAAGGUGCAUUUGAUUUAAUUUACAAAUUAAAAACUCCCAAGCACAAAGAUCAAAAUCUCUUCGUCGGCCUUUUCAAUUUCAAAACUCUGGACGAUCGUUAUAAUGUAAGCGGUGAGGCGUUUUAUCCAGAGAACAAAUCUGUCGCCUACGGAACAGUUAAUUACAAAGAAUUAGGCAAUAUGCAUGGAAUGCUUAACAUCUCCCUGCAAUACAAAAAAAUUAAGCACGCCGGAGCCCGCUUCAAUACGGAAACCUCAGCUGCCGUCUAUAAUCGAUACCUUAAAGUAUUUUGGAACAAUGAUUCAGCUACUUUGGAUGGAAUAUGCAAUAUUGUUCAGGGGCAGGAAAAAUCGGAAACCAAAGGCAGAUUUAAUCUCACACUACCUUUGAACACUACCCACAUCGUUCUGGUCGACUUCAAUUAUGACAAAGCAGAGGUGGAGAGCGUAGGAGCGGCGAACGUGCAUUACAAUGGCGACAAAGUGUUGGUUGGAAAAUACAAAUGUGUCGGCGAGAGACGUGAACAUUUUAAUAAGAAAACAAUCGUGGUCGAAUUAGAGAACGACAGAUUCCCAAUAGGAGCGCACUACGUUCACGGUACAGCGACGGAACGGCAACAUGGAACCGAAAUGGAAGGAAACUCGGAAAAGCAGGCAGCAGGGGAACGCUUGAAUGCUCCUGCUGUGGUAAAUGACAGCAAAUAUUUGAAUUUAUUUAAUCUAAAGAAUGCCUCAAAGUUCAACGUUACGGGAGAGUUGAAAAUAUCGACUAGGACAAGCGGACAGGACUAUUUCGUAACAGUUACUCAUUUAAAUCGCACGGCAAAGUUCUGGAUGGAUUAUGACGUGCUAGCUAGGGAGUACAAACAGCAUGGCCGCAUGGAAUUGAGUCCCACUAUUUGGAUAGAUUACGAUCUGAAUCUCCUAAACAGAACCGUGGACCAGACGUUCGAUGCUCAACAAAUACAGAUCAACGUUUCGUAUCCUCGUAGAAAUUUCACGGCGCAAAGCUUUUAUAACAUAAGUGAUUCGAUUGUAUCCACGGAUGUCUCUCUUAUGUUGGACAAAGACAACAAAACUGUACAGGCAGGAGUGGACUGGAUAAGAGCCUCGCCAAACAAAGACCAAAUUCAUUUGACAUUAAAGCAUCCCUCCUUCGAACGAGACGUAACAUUGUUGGGUGAGUAUGGUUAUAACGCGAGUUCCGCUGAUGUGGGUGUAAUCGUAAACUAUUCAAAUAAUCCCGAUCAGACAGUGUCUUUGAAGGGAUCUCUUGGCGAUAAAUCAAACAGCUUUACUUCAAAUUACACAUACAUGCUCGAAGCGGAACAUGCAGCCACUUCUCUGUCACUUAAAACAUUCGGUGAUUUGUAUUGGAAUAACGAGGGCUACGGCACUGAACACUUAACGUUCUAUAAAAGAACUUAUUUGGCUAUGAGUGAGGCUGUCACUUUUGCCAAAGUCAACUUUACCCACCACACCAUCGAACUUAAAAACGAGAACAACGUAGCUGGAUUGUCUUAUUUAUGGGGUAGAUAUGGUGGAAAGUUUCCUGUUUAUACUGCUAACAUAUCUGCCACACACGGAAUUAACGACACUUCAGGCGAAUUCUACCUCAACUUAAAAAAAAAGUUACUCUAUCUAGAUUUUAAUAUGACAAGAGACGGGUCGCAGAGCCUGCAUGUGCACGGUCUAAUCCCGGACGCCCGGAGCGCGAUAUUUGACAUUUGGCGCAAAUACGAGGAUAUCAGAGUGUCGGACCUAUCUUACUACCUACGACUGAAUCACUCGAGAUUAAUUACGUCCAGUUUGUUAUGGAGGAAGGAAGCUGUCUCCGACGUACAGAAUGGAAUAAGAAACAGCUUUGGAGUGUUUUACAACGAUUCUCUAAAGUCUAUUAAUGAAACUCAACAAUAUGUUAUUGCGCAAAGUUUAGAUGCGCUCCACGAUAUUUGGUUAGAUGCAAAACCUCUCGUUAAUAAUUUUCUAGAGGAUUUAAGGAAUCUGACUGUAAUUGCGGAUGAUUUCGAGGAAUUCAAAAAGUUUUUAAAUGAGUCCUAUCAAAAGAAUGAGUUUUACAUAAAAGACAUCGCAACAGUUGUUAAUACAAUAUUCGAUGAAUCUCUCAAGUCGCGACUUUCCUCCUUGCCGAAAAUCGUGCAAGAAAUAUGGGAAGUGAUGGGCUCAUCAGCCGAGAAAAUCAACAAGACCAUCAAAUGGGCCGUCGAAAAGCUAAAAACAUACUACACCGAGACUGCAGACUUUGUAAAGAAACUCAUUUACGGCGAUCCGAUAGAACAUUUAACGAAUCUGCUCAAAACACUCGUCGAAAAAUAUGACGAGUACAUCAAAAGUAUGCAUGUCGCUGUAAUACAGUACAUGGAGAAAAUUUGGUCGCAAACGUACUUGCUCAUUGUUAACCACUGGCACAAAUUUUUACGGGACUUGGAACCCACCUUCUUGAAAAUCAUACACUACUUGGAAUCCAUUGUUUGGAGCACCGGAAAAGAGUUCCUAGAUUUUCUCUACAUCCGCAAAACUGAAAUCAUUGGGAAUCCGUAUUUCGCGAAGCUCUCGAAUUUCACUCAGGACGUUGAUAAGUUCUACCGCGAUAUAACCGGAAACAACACAAUAUCAAGUAUUUACAAGUACACGAAAAUAGCGUGGAACUUUUUGAAGGAAAAGUACCUUAACAAUGUGCCGUUCGCGAAAGAGGUGAAGGCAGUCAUUAGCGAAAUAAUCUGGGAAGUCGCUGAAUUACAAAAUAUACCGGCUGUUAAAUACCUUACCAGCAAAUGGAACGAGUCAUACGAAUUUGUGAGAUACUACUACGAAUAUUUCGUGAUAGAAAGCAACUUGCACAAAGUUUUUACUACCGUUUAUUUCAAACUGACUGAUAACACCCCAACAGCUCUGGAAACUGAUAAUAAGCAGCGCAAACCUAAAACCAAAUUCAUAUUUGAACCCAAUGAUGGCGUCAUGCUGCUGGAACAAAAACUACCCAUGUCUUGGCAUGCGUUUAACGAAACGCCCAAGUAUCAAGAAAUCCCAGAAAUAAAGGCCUUAUACGCGUUAAAGGACUAUUUCUCGGUUAGUGAACUGUCAUUCUGGAACUUCUAUAACAAUUACCGUCAAUACACGGACCCUAGUGACUGGAUGCCCCCGUUUAAAGGACAGGCCAUGCUUAUUGGAAACAAACAUUACGUCACUUUUGACAGAAAAUAUUACGAUUUUCAGGGAGGGUGUACGUAUCUUUUAGCGACAGAUUUAAGAGAUGGAAAUUUCACUUUACUCGCGUCCUACGACGUCACCCAGAAUACGAACGAGUUUUUGCUUAUUGUCAAUAAAACUGUUCUUUAUAUUAAUGUAUUCGAUGAUACCGUUCGUAUUGGCAAUUCCGGAAUGGCAGAUCAUUUACCAGCAGAUAUUGGCCAUGCAUAUGUAUACCGAGAGGCGGACAUUUUAACCGUCGAAAGUCCUUUGGGUUUUGUACUCAAAUGCAACAUGAAAUUCCAUAUUUGCACACUUCAAUUGUCCGGCUGGUAUUUCGGAAAAACCGCAGGCCUUUUGGGAACGUUGAAUAAUGAACCGUCCGACGAUCUACUUCAAUCGAACCAAACAAAAGCCAAAGACAAUCAAAUAAACACAUUCGCGCAAAGCUGGACGGCCAAUCAAAACUGCCGCACCGCACAUCAACCGACGAAAAAAAUUAUCGACCCGAUGUUCAAACCUUUGUGCGAGAGUUUUUUCCAAAGCAAGCAGUCCGAUUUGGAGAACUGCUUCUCCAAAAUACCAGUGGAUCCUUUCUGGAACAUGUGCCUAGAGAGCACUAGUGAAACAGAGGCCUGCUCUUCAGCGGUGGCUUACAUCGAAGUAUGCGGCUUUCAAGACGUACCUUUAAGAAUACCUGACACAUGCGUAAGAUGCGAUCUUUUUAAUGGCACGCAAAUAAAGGAGGGUAGAACGGUCCGUUUGGGCCCCGACCAAAUGGAAAGAAGCGCGGACAUCGUGUUUAUAGUCGAGGCUAAGCAAUGCAACAACAACAUUAAAAGGACGAAAAAUAUCGACACGAUCAUAGAGUCGCUCGACAAGGAGCUCAACGAGAACAACAUCACCAACAACAGAUAUUCUCUGGUCGUUUUUGGCGGCAAAGGUGUCUACGAUCAGCCCAGGAGUGUGGCGGUUAAUGGCAAAAUGUUCAGCGAUCACAAAAACUUCGGGAAAUAUUUCGAAAAUAUUCCCGUCGGCAACGGUAAUCAGGAUGUGUUCGAGGCUCUCCUCUACGCCCGCGACCUCGUCCUCCGUCCUGGAGCAUCUAAAUCUUUCAUACUCAUACCUUGCAGCAAAUGCGACGAAAGUAAAAUGAUGGAUGACUAUUCAACAGUCCACUACCAACUAUUCGAGUCCUCCGUCUCGUUGCACAUUAUUAUGCAUGCCGAGUUUUCUCAGAAAAAGGAUAAGGAUAACAAAGUUUUCGGAAUUGAUAGUACUUUUGCCUAUUCAAAGAGAGACGUGAGAUCUGAGGGUGACACUGCAUUGAGAAAAGACACUAAUUUGCCGAAAUCGGCUUUGGGCAUUUGUACUCCACUGGCUCUGGAAAUGAACGGAUCAAUAUUUACUAGUAAAUAUUUGGAUAAAAAGUACUCGAAGCGAUUAUCCACGGUGUUCUCGAGACGAGUGGCGAAAUCUGCGGAGCCAAAAAGUUGCAUGGACUGCGAGUGCACAGGCUCGAAUUCAGGUGUUUCAUUUAUGGAGUGCAUCUUGUGUAGAGGCUAACUUUAUAUAUUAGAGACGACACCGCACUGAAAUGGUUUAUUUCUUUUCAGCGAUCGGAUCAAUUCCAGACACUGUGUGGAAAGCAAAAUAAAAGGAAUAAAAACCUUAAAAGAAAUCUCUAGUUUACUUAACUUAUCGUCGUUAUUUAUAAAUUACUUACAUUUUAAUAAUAAGUUAUUUGUUAGUUAUAUUGCGUAAAAAAGGGUAAAGUAAAUUAUAAUACGUUUAGGCAAAGCUAAAUGAAAUAUAAGGAUAUUAUAUAUAAAUAAACAGCAAAUUGUUCCAUUGAAAAGGGUUGUUUACUGACAAUAUAGGGGGUUGAAUUUGUUUGUUGCUCACUUAUUAAGUACAGUUGGUUAUAAAUGCGUUUUACCCCUUUUUAACAUGAUUCAUUUCAUCUUGUUCGUAAGAGAUUUGUGCUAGAGUGCUAAUACGAUUUUACACUUAUUUUGCUAAAACGUUUCUACCUUACUCAUCACAUUAUCAGAUUUUGUAAAUACAUAUUUUUUAUAAACCA